AUGGGAGAGGACGCAGCUGAACCCCCAACAUUUGAUAAACUGAUCGAGGUCCAGAUUGGAGAUGAGAAGCACAAAACAAUGUUCGUAGGGGCAUAUCUUCCCGCACACGAACGUGAUGGUUUGAACGCCGACGUUUUCGCAUGGAGUUUUGCUGAUAUGCCUGGGAUAAAUCCGAAUACAGCCUGCCACAUGCUAAAUAUCGAUGAGAAGUACCAUCCAGUUCGUCAGAAAAUCAGGAAUAUGGCGCAAAGAAAAAAAGAUGGAGUUACUGCAGAAGUCGAAAAGCUGUUGGAAGCAGGCUUUAUUCGAGCAGUGCAGUAUGCUCGCUGGCUGUCUAAUGUCGUACCCGUUCCAAAGAAGAAUGGUAAAAUUCGUGUGUGUAUCGGUUUUACUGAUUUGAAUAAAGCAUGUACGAGUGAUCCAUACCCGCUACCGCGGAUAAGAUAUUUGGUGGAUGCAACCUCAGGAGGAGUUUACUGCUAUACUGUAAUGUCUUUCGGGCUAAAGAACACAGGGGAGACCUAUCAGCAUUUGGUAGACCAUAUGUUCAAGGACCUGAUUGGGAAGACGAUGGAAGUAUAUAUCGACGAUAUGGUAGUGAAAUCUAAGCAAAAGGAGUCACAUUCUCUUGAUCUGCAUAAGACGUUUGAUAUCUUGAGGAAAGUUCCUUGGAUACUUGAAGACGCACAGAGGAAUCGAGGAAAAUCCGGAGCAAAUCAGAGCCAUCAGAGAGAUGCCAUCCUAAAGAACAAAGAAGGAGGUCUAGCGGGACGAUUAGCAACUUUAAAUCGUUUCAUUUCACGCUCGUCGGAUCGAUUUAAACCAUUCUUUGAUGUUUUGAAGAAAACAGUGAAUUUUGGUAGGACGGAUGAGUGCGAAAAAGCUUUCAAUGAGAUCAAACAGUAUUUAUCGACUCCCCUAGUUUUGGUGAGCCCAAAAACUGGACAACCUAUCGGAGUUUAUCUGGCUGCAACGGAGAACGCUGUAAGUGCAGUGCUGUUUUUUACGGAUCCAAAUGAAAAGCCUGUUUACUUCGUCUGUAAAUCUUUGACGGGGGCGGAAACACGGUACAAAAAUAUUGAGAAGAUAGCACUUUCACAGUUCCAUGCAUCUCGUCGCCUCAAACCUUAUUUCCAAGGGAGAACUGCAGAGAAGGGAUACGCCCUGGUUGCAUUUCUAGCAGAUUUUCCAGUGGAAGACGUAGAAACAGUUAUCGAAGAGGAAGAGGAGCUGUUGAGCAAACCCACAGAGUCAACCACUGGUCAGGCUAAGGGAGAGUUCGCGAUGGAGGUUGAUACACCUGAGCCGUUGUGGACCAUAUUUACUGAUGGGUCAUCAAAUAUUGGUGGAGCUGGAGUUGGAUGUGUCAUCCUUACUCCUGAAGAAGCAAUUAUCGGUUUAAAGUCUGUAAAACAGUUAGAUGCGAGGAACGUGAAGCUGGUAAUUGAUUCCAUGCUAGUAGUUAACCAGUUUUUGGGGACCUACGGAGCCAAGGAAGAAAGGAUAACCUUAUAUUUGGAUCAUACGAGAGAGCUGGCAAAUGAAUUCGACCAGUUCUCUAUUGGGCAGCGACCGCGGUUGGAAAACAUGCAUGCAGAUGCUUUAGCAUAUCUUUCUUCUGCAGUCGAUACUGAUACCACCCGUUUCGUUGUAGUGGAUUUCCAAGAAUUACCUAGCAUCUCCGACAGCCACUUUGUUCUGGCUAUCGAACACGCUAGUGGAGGCGAGAGGCAAACUACAUCAGUGCAGGGAGAUACCGAGAACGUUGACAGCAAUAUGGAUGUUGACAGUCUAGUGAUAGAUGAUUCAAGCAGUUCUGCUGAAAACACUUCAGACUGGCGUCAACUUUAUGUUCGGUAUUUGAAAACCAGUGGACUCCCAUAA